CCGAAACGAGAGGUGAGUGCCCGGGGAUUAGUGUCGUUAUCUGAAGAAUUUGGGCUCUCAGUCUGAUAAGGAAUUGAAAUAAGCCAUAUAAAUCUUACAUUCGUUGUCAUGCCAUAUCGCAGCGUAGGAUAAAUAUAUAAUUAAAAAAUAUACUUGUUACAAAACUUUAAGGAUAAGUUAUGACAUGAUUGAGACGAUUCCUAGCUAAGUUUCAAUUCAACCUGUGUUGCAUCUGAUGUUAUCCGCUCGAUCUUAAAUUUUCCGUACUCCGUACAGUACAGUUGCACCUCAAAUGCCAACAAUAGGGAUUCCAAGCAUCUCCAUUUUCGCUCUAAUAACCGUUGCCGCACUUUAUUAGUACACCGUUUCAUCUUCGACUAGCGGGGGACCAUUUUCCAUAGGCUGCACUUCUUAUUGUCCCCUGCCUUCUGUAAUUUAUUUCGCUUUUCUGUGCGGCGGCGAGUGGUUCCUUUCGCGCGCAUUUUUGACGUUUACUUUUUUUACGGCAUAGGCGUUGGUGCGUUCAGCCAGGUUUUCCUGGACGUUAUUUCCUGCCAGUUAUUUUUAAAUUGAUUUUUGAAUGUGUUGUCUGUGGCCAUGGUGAAGUUUUGGUGGAUGUUUGUUUUGUUCGCGAAAACAGCUUCGGCCAGUGACAACGAGUUGCCGGAGUCUGAGGCUGGAAAAGAAUCCCGUUUCCUCCCACUCUUCGAAGUGAAGAGGUUCGACCGGCCAUUAGGACCAGGGGGUUUACCCCCUCUCACCACAGUGCCAAUAGCGGGGGAGCGAUGUUCGCAGAGACUGGAGUCUGCGCUGGACCAGCUGAAGAGACGGAAGAGGAACCAGCCGAAGACCUUGGAUACUCCCGCGAGUCAAAGCAUCGAUCUUAACGGCUACAGCCUGUACCAGCAAAUGCGGAGCGCUCCAGUGGACAUGUAUGUCACAAGGAUGCGAGUGCGACUCCCCCAGAACGCCAACUGGGUUCGCGUGGAAAAAUGCUACUUCGACCCUCGAAACGUCUCUCUGGACACCAUGCUGUUAUUCCACGAUAUAACCAUAAGCGGGAGCGUUGAUCUAUUCGAUGCGAACGAGCUAGAUCGGAAUAUACCCCCAAGUAGAAGAUUAAGAAGGCACUACGCUGAUAGAAGAUAUGACGCGCCAUAUCCAGAUGAAUACAGAUACAGACAAGGUAACGGAUGUAAUAUGAUCCUAAGACUCCGCAAAGCGGGAAUAGGCUUCCAUACACGACCGUUACACCAACAACCUGGCAAAUUUAACGUCAAAACUGACUCGGAAUUCGUCGAGCCCGGUUUCAUAAGCGUCUACGCGUACGGUUGCGAGAAAUAUAUCAACAGGAACUCUAUUAGAAACAAGGAUAAUUUACCAUUGAGGAGGAGAAAGAGAUCUGAUGAGUUCACGUUUGAUCCUCAUUUAAAUCAGCCUGAGGCAUAUGAUAGUCGGACUUCGGAUAAUAGUUGGAACACAGUGUAUGAGCCUCGAAGUAGAGUGAACUAUGAACGAAGCAAGCUCUUCAGACCUGAUGAUGACUUGGACGAGGUUGAAGACAUUUCUAGAGAAAUGGAGGACAUUUUCACUAAAGGGAUCCGGACUUUGUUGACGACUUAUAUGAAGAAAGAGCUGCAGCCCGCGAUCAAAGAUACUCUGAUGCGGAAUAUGGGUUAUGUGAUAUCGUACGGUUAAAUAUAUUUUAUCUGUUUAAGUGUUUAUUGAUAUCUUCGAGCUAUCGCAUAUGGAGUCAUAUUGUGGGAUUUAAAACUCAGAUCGCGUACAUUGAAAAAAAAAAAUAUUGGCA